GUCAACAUAAACUUCACGGCUACUGUCCACACCGAGCACUUUGUUUAUUCCUGCCAGCCGAAAAGCACCUGCAGUCAUCUACAGUUUAAGAAUGAAGCUCCUGCUCGGUUUGGCUGUGCUGGUGGUGACGCUGGGGGCCCUUUAUUCGGCCCCAGAGGACCAAUCCACGAGCAUCUCAGAGGACACCUUAAAACAGUUGUCCCUGAAUGGCGAGAAGCUGGUGGAUGAGGAGGUGAGGAGAGCUCUGUACGGGGUGAAGCAGAUGAGGGAGGUGAUGUGGAGGAACGAGCAGAAGCACGAACACCUCAUGAAGUCCCUCCGACACAGCAGCGACAAGAAGAAGGGGGCAGAUCAGCUGGCUAAGGAGGUGACUGAGAAGCUGGAGGAGGCGGAGGAGCAGUGUAAAGACUCCCUGCAGACGGAGUGGGAGGAGUGCAGACCUUGUCUGGAGGAUGCUUGCAAGAACUUCUACACCUCCACCUGCCGCCGGGGAUUUGGCAUUUUCCAUGCCAAGGUGGAAAACUUCUUCCGCAGAGUUUCCAGGCGCUUCGGCCCUCGUGAGCCUCCCAUGGACGCAGGGGACAUCCUGGUGAACCAGGGUCCUGACACCGACGCGCAGGUCGACCGCAUCGAGGACUCCUUCAACCGCCUGGCCAGCAAGGUGGGCCUGCUGGUGAACCGCAGCGUCUCGCUGGUCUCCAGGAUGAGCGACAGGCUGGACAAAGUCCUGCAGAGAGCCUUCCUCAACGACACCGACCUGCUGACGGAGGACGCCGACCCCGACCCCUACAACCCGAGCCGGGACUCGGGCUUCCUGCAGGGCGUGGGACUGGAGGAGGUGCUGGACUCCUUCUUCGACUUCGGCAAGAGUGUGGUGGAGGAGUUUGGGGCGGUGGUGACCCAGGUGUUUGAUGACAUCCAGGAGGCGGUGGAGGAGGAGAAGAAGAAAGCGAGGGUAAGUUUCCCCCGUUUCCUGCAGAACAGGAGGUUGUGCCGGGACCUUCGCAAACAGACCUCAGAGUGCUGGCAGCUGCAGAACCAGUGUGAGUCCUGUCAGGGAGCCCUGCUUACAGAGUGCCCCAGUGUUCGGGAGCUGCACGUGGAGCUGGAUGAGGUCUCCCAGCUGGUGGAUGUGUCCAAAGAGCAGUAUGAUGAGAUCUUGUCUAUUGUCCAGCGCCACACUGAUGAGACGGUGAACUGGCUCAGCAACAUGGCAGCAGAGUUCAGCUGGGUGGCUCAGGCUGUGGGCAACAGCAGCACUCCUGAAAACAUCUUCCACAUCACCAAGGUGGUGCCAAAGACCAACGAUGAACAGAACAAAUCUGUGACUGAGACCACGGUGCAGGUGAACAUCCUGAACUCUCCCCCACUUCUCCUCUCUGUUCCCGGGGAGCUGGAGCUGCAGGACCCGGCCUUCAUCCAGUACGUGGCCCAGGAGGCUCUGAACAAGUACAAGGAGAUGGUCAGGUACGAGGACGAGUAAAGCUACCGUCUCCUUUUCUAAACUUUCACCAGCACUUUCUCUAAGAACAGAACUAGAUUGUGUUCCUGUAUAGUCCGCAUAAUCUUGUUAAAAUGUAAAUACACUAUAACUGAACCAUGUCAAUCGUUGCUAUUUAUUGAAUGUAAAAAGAAGAAAAUG